AUUCCAGAUUGUUAGAUGAUUUCACAUGGGAUAACCCAUUUCUGUAAACACGAACCACCCAUCUUCUCUGUAUAAAAAGAAGGGAGAAACUAGAGAAAAAAAUGUAAAACAACAGAACAUGUCCCUCAGAAACAUGAUUGCUCAUCUAGGAUCUGUAGUUGCCAGUUUAAUGUUUAUUUGGGCAGUUUUUCAGCAAUACUUCCCUUACCAAUUUCGAAGCUAUAUCGAGAAGUACUCCCAAAGGUUGGUAAGUUUUGUUUAUCCUUAUAUUCAGAUUACAUUCAAUGAAUUCACAGGUGAGCGUCUGAUGAGGAGUGAAGCUUAUUCUGCUAUAGAAAACUAUCUCAGUUCCACUUCUUCUUCGCAAGCAAAGAGGCUCAAAGCUGAUAUAGUAAAGAACAACCAGUCUCUUGUUCUCAGUAUGGAUGAUCAUGAAGAGGUAGCAGAUGAAUUUAGAGGUGUAAAACUUUGGUGGGCUUCUGGUAAACAUAUUGCCAAGACACAAUCAUUUUCUUUCUAUCCUGUUACAGAUGAAAAAAGGUUCUACAAGCUUACUUUCCACAAAAGACACCGGGAUCUCAUGAUUGGACCUUACCUGAACCAUGUGCUGAAAGAAGGUAGAGCGAUUAAGGUAAGGAACAGGCAAAGAAAGCUAUAUACCAAUAACGGAUCGAUGUGGAGCCAUGUCGUCUUUGAGCACCCAGCAACAUUUCAGACAUUAGCUAUGGAGCCAGAGAAGAAGGAGGAAAUUAUGGAGGACCUGACUACUUUCAGCAAGGCAGAAGAGUUUUAUUCAAGAAUUGGGAGGGCUUGGAAGAGAGGUUAUCUUCUUUAUGGUCCUCCAGGGACUGGUAAGUCCACAAUGAUUGCUGCCAUGGCCAAUCUUUUAGGCUAUGACAUUUAUGAUCUUGAAUUAACUGCCGUGAAGGACAAUACCGAGCUGAGGAAGCUGUUGAUUGAAACAUCAAGCAAAUCAAUAAUUGUUAUUGAAGAUAUUGAUUGUUCACUUGACUUGACUGGUCAAAGGGGGAAGAAAAAUGAGAAAGAGGAACCAGAAGACAUGAAGGAUCCAAGGCAAAAGCUAACAAAAGAUCAAGAACCGAAAAGCAGCCAGGUUACUCUUUCAGGUUUGCUGAAUUUCAUUGAUGGGCUAUGGUCAGCUUGUGGGGGUGAAAGAUUAAUUGUUUUCACAACAAAUUUUGUGGAAAAACUUGAUCCAGCUCUAAUUCGAAAAGGGCGGAUGGAUAAGCAUAUAGAAUUGUCAUAUUGUGGAUUUGAAGCAUUCAAGGUGUUGGCCAAUAACUAUCAAAAGCUUGAGUCUCACAAUCUGUUUCGCAGGAUUCAGGAACUGUUGGAAGAAGCUAGAAUGACUCCAGCUGAAGUUGCAGAGCAUUUGAUGCCAAAAACCGUCUCAACGGAUCCUGAAACUUGCCUGGAAAGCCUGAUUCAGGCUCUGGAAUCUGCAAAAGAAGAGGCCAGGCUGAAAGCUGAGAAAGAAGCAAAAGGGGAGGAAUUACCUAGCCAAGACCAAGGGAAAACAACAGAGAGCCAGGUAUUAGCUGAAAAAACAGUAGGAGAUGAAAAUUCGGUUCACUGAAGGAAAAAUGUAUACGCGCGGCAAAGAUUGUUGGCUUAGAACAGCAGCUACAAAAAUUAGAAUCAGAAUUGGACAAGAAUGGGUUGUGUAUCCCUUUAUACAAAAGAUAUUGUACCAAUUAGGCAAUUUAAUUUAUGUGCAAUAAUUGAUCUUAAUUUAUCAUUAUUCAAAGAGAAAAAAAUACUAUAAUUAUUGA